UGGAGCGAAAGAGAAAAUAAAAAAAGAAAGAAAGAAAGAAAGAAAGAAAGAAAGAAAGAAAGAAAGAAAGAAAGAAAGAAAGAGUCUUCUGGAGAUAGAAAUGUGACAGUGUGGUGGCCUCUGUGCGUUUUUGCAUGGUCAGGACUUUAUACAAUAGUAGGUAUGCGCUCUUUGGGUUUGGUCAGGUAUAAAUGGUGGAGGUUAAACCAAGGCUCAGUGUCAGUUCACCACCAGGCAAGUGCUGGGACACAGACACCCGCAUCGUCACCAUGGGCAGAGUCAUCUUCUAUGAGGACAGGAACUUCCAGGGCCGCUCCUAUGAGUGCAGCAGCGAUUGCUCGGAUAUGUCCAGCUACAUGAGCCGCUGCCACUCGUGUAGAGUGGAGAGCGGGUGCUGGAUGGUCUACGAUCAUCCUAACUACAUGGGCAACCAGUAUUUCAUGAGACGAGGCGAGUACGCUGACUACAUGAGCAUGUGGGGCUGGGGCAACAACUGCAUCAGAUCCUGUCGCAUGAUCCCUAUGUACAGAGGAUCCUACAGGAUGAGGCUCUACGAGAGGGACAACUUCAUGGGGCAGAUGAUGGAGGCGAUGGAUGACUGCGACUCCUUCAUGGAACGCUACCACUGGUCCAGCGGCUGCAUGUCCUGCCACGUGAUGGACGGCCACUGGCUCAUGUAUGAGCAUCCUCACUACAGAGGCAGGAUGUGGUACUUCGGCCCUGGAGAGUACCGUAACUUCAGGGAUUACGGGGGCAUGAGGUUCAUGAGCAUGAGGCGCAUCAUGGACUCCUGGUAUUAA